AUGGAGCUGGAAGGCCUCAAGAGGUCCCUCAGCAUUUUUGAGGCCCACUCGUUGAUUGUGGCCAUCCUGGUAACCGACCGGCAUCCCCAGCUCAAUGCUUGGCUGGGACGAGAACACCCAGAUAUCUGCCACCUUUUUGAUUGCUGGCAUGUGGGGAAGGGCAUCAAGAGAAAGCUGGCUGCAGCUGCCAAGUCACGGCAUUUAGAGGAGCUCGGGUCUUGGACAAGGGCAGUGGUGAACCAUCUGUACUGGUGUGCUGGGUCAAGUGUCGACAACCAGGACCUCAUCCUGCCAAAAUGGAAGUCUCUGGUGGCACACGUAGUGGGUGUGCAUACCCACGCUGACCCUCUCUUCCCAGAGUGUGAGCAUGAGGAGCUAGAGAAAAAGUGGCUAGCAGAAGGGUCCCCUGCGCACCAGAAGCUGGAGGAGAUCGUGCUCUCCACUCACCUGCUUCGCGACAUUCCUCGACUGUCCACAUCGGCGCAGACAUUUGCAACAGAGUGCUUUCAUAGUACUCUGUUGCAGGUUGCGCCGAAGCAGGUCCACUUCAGCUUCCGAAGCAUGAAGGCCAGGACCUACCUCGCUGCCCUCCAUUACAACGAAAAUGCGGGAAGGCCCCAAGCGGUGACCAAGAAAGGAGAGAAGAUGUGGGUCAUCAAGUAUCCAAAAGCAAAGAAAGGACCCACUGUUGCUAAGCGCAAGACUGACUGCACCUAUGAGUAUGUGGGGGAGCUCAUGGCAGUUGUGCUGCACCUCUGCUCAACGCUGCCAUCCUACAAGGCUGCAGCUGCCCUCUGCAACCAGGAUGCACCUCCAUUUCUUUCUAGUGCGUAUCAGCAUGGAGAUAAACAGGCAUUGGUGCAACAGCACUGCUCUAGGUUUACUCGGUAGUCUGAUGUAGGCCAAGGUUCCACUUGCUUGAUGCAGCUUCUUGCGCUACGCUCCAGCUUUUUCACUUCACCGUGUUUGACCGUUCGGAAAACCUCAGCAAGAAUGGGAUCCACUGCUGUGUUGUCGGCCAGUUCCUUUUCAGUCAUGGGAGGUUUCGUCGGGGCUUCUAACAUCAGUACGUUGCCUGAAGGAUGUUGCUCAUUGUCAGUCUCGGGCAAUGGUAGUCUGCCUAAAGCAUCAGCGUUUUAAUUUCGCUUUCCUGGUCUAGAGAUUAGGUUAUAAUCAUAGGCUCCCAGCUUAACACACCAGCAUGUCCUACUUGGUGAAAGCACAGUCGGUACUGGGGACUCCUGUCCUAUGA